GUGAAGAGGUGAAGGGGUUAAACUGGAGGUAACACGAGCUUCCAGUUUCCUGCAGGAUCCGGUUACCUGCAGGUGAAUCUGAAAGUCGAUCAAACUGAAAGGGAAGUUGCAUCAAAAGGAGAAACAAAGCUUCAUCAGACGCGAUGCAAGAACGUGAAGAAUCCGAAGCAGGAAGGAGAAGGAGAAGAAGAAGUAUGGAUAAACCUGAAAACAUGUCGGAGGUGAGACUGGUUGUUGUUGGGAGGACUGGGUCAGGGAAGAGCUCCAGUGGAAACACCAUACUGGGAGGACCAACCUUCACUGCAGACGUCAGCCGUCUGUCCGUCACUAAACAGUGCCGUAAGCAGACCGGUGAGGUGUGCAACAGGCAGGUGACCAUCGUCGACACCCCCGGCCUCUUCGACACCUCGCAGGAGGACGAACAUGUAAAGCGAGAGGUCGCCAAAUGCAUCAACAUGUCGGCGCCGGGGCCCCACGCCAUCCUGCUGGUCAUCAAGCUGGGGCCUUUCACGGCAGAGGAGCGAGACGCCGUCGGGAAGGUGGAGGAGAUCUUUGGAGAGGAUGCCUGGAAGUACACCAUCGUCCUCUUCACAUACGGAGACCGGGUCACGUCGGACUUCACGCAGCUGGUGGAGAAGGCCGGGCCCGAGCUGCAGACGAUCCUGGAGAAGGUGGAGAACCGGUACCACGUCUUCAACAACCUCAAAGCCAACGAUCGCGGACAGGUGCUGGGCCUGCUGGAGAAGGUGGAGGAGAUGGUCGGUGCCAACGGAGGACGGUUUUACUCCAACUACACCUACGAGGAGGUGUCCAAGAUGCUGCUCAAGAGAGAGGAGGAGCUCAGAGAGUUCUACGACAAGAAACUGGAGGAAAGUAUCAGAUGUGUGGAGUCAAAGUACGAGAAGAAGCUGAGCAGAGAUGCACAGAUUCAAUGCCAGGAGAAAAAAAAGAGAAAAAACACGGCUGAAGGAGGGCGUCUAAACAUCUAA